AUGAAUUAAGAAUUCAUAAAUAACUCAAUUUUCACAUUUUUCUAUGAAAAAAAGCAAGAAAAUUUUAGAGGUUCUCUUGAUGACAUUGAAAAACAAAUAGAUAAAAUCUUAUAGCUAUAACCUAAAAAUAUAAGGUCUUUACUUAUAAAAGCUUAAAUACUUUACAAGUAUAAGCUCUAAUUUGAUGAAGCAUUAAGAAUUCUUUAAAUAGUUAUUUAAAUCGAUAAGAUUAACAUUGACGCAAGAUUAGACAUUAUUUAAAUUUGCAUACUAAAAAAACUUAAAAAUAUCCAACAAUAGUAAUUUUUAUUAGAUGAAUGCUUUUAGCUUGAUAAUCUUUAUUGGAGAAACUUGUACAUUUAGUGCAUUUUUUUCUUCCACUAAGAAAAAGUUGAUGAUGUGUUUAAUAUAGCCAAAUAGUAAAUCGAUUUAAUGCCAUAUAAUUAUUGGUUAAUGGCUCAAAUGGCACAAAUAUAUUCUGAUAGGAAAAUGGGCACAGACUUGGAAGAAUCAAAAUAAAUUGUUGAUAAAAUUAUGAAAGAGGAAGAAAAAGAUUUUGAAAUUAUGAUAAGAUUAGCAUAUACGUAUAUAAAUCUAUAGGAAAAUGAAUUAACUGAAUAACUACUAACAAAAGCCUUAGAGCUCAAUCCAAACUCUACGAAAGCAUACAAUAAUUAUGGGUAUUUGCUUAGAGUCAAUAAAGAUUAUUAAAAAUCAAUAGAUAUGUGCUAAAAAGCUAUAAUUUUAGAUUCUAACUACUUAGAUGCCAUCUAUAAUGCUGCAUGUUCUUAUUUUAAUUUGUAAGAUUAUGAAAACUCUGUCAAACUCUUCAAAAAAUGUACACAAAUUAAUAGAUAAAAACUUAAUUCUUACCAGGAAUUAGCCUAUAUUUAUAUGGAAUUAAUUAAAGAAGAAAAUAGUGCAAGUUAUUAUCUCAGCAAAUUUCCAAAAUAAUUUCCUAAUGAUGAAUAUGGAAAUAAUUUGUAUGUUUUACAUUAGUUUAGGUAGUUUAUUGAGAACAAGCCAAUUGAUCUUGAAUAAGCAGAGUAUACAUAGUUUUCUAACAUAAAUAGAAUAAAGAAAAAGGGUUCUUGCUACCCUUUUAUUACAUACAAAAACUCAUAGUCAACAUUAAAUUAUUUGUAUAAUGAAUGA